GCCAAGUGCUUUAAAGCUUUUUAUUUCAAAUCACAUUAUUAUUUCAGCUUAUUAGUUUACAAAAAUUGUACAUUUAUUACGUUUUUAUGAGCAAACUCUAAUUUUCCGAGUAGUGGCCAAAACCCAAAGCCCCCCUUGCCGCCUGGCCAAAAACUUUGCGCCAUGAAAAGUCAUUUGCCAGCCAUUGGCGAGACGUGCGACUCUCGUGGCUGCCAAAUUCUUGGGGACUUCCGGCAGGGCGGAGUGCCAGGAGGAGCACCAGGAGGAUCAGCAGGAGGUGCUACAGGAGGAGUACUUGGAGAAUGCCGGGCGAGGGAAUGUGUCGCGGUUUGUCAGCUUGGCGCGUCGCCCCAAUGAUGGAGUGCGGCAUUGUUGCAUUUUAAUUGAAAUUUCUUUGUGGACUUGGCGCGACAAAGCAGCAACAACAACCGCUAACGAGUGCACAGAAUGAUGGCAAAUAAAAGCAAACAAGUGAACAAACAAACAGAAACAUGGCGGAACACUGUGCCAAUGCCAAAGUGGCAAUACAUAAUAAUGAAUGAAUAAAGCGGGCAAAGCAAUAACACCAGCGGGAAUCUCUGUGACACUUACCCUAAAAAUCCAGUCGGGUAUGCUUACUACUUCGAUGAUUUCGCGUGAUUUCUCCGAGAUGAUUACGGAGUUUUUGUUGUGAAUUUGGUUUCGGGUAUUUGGCAAUUCCCAAAAGACUUAACAUAUUUUAAAUUGAAUAAUAAUCAUCGGCCAGGCGUCCGCUUCAAGCACCUGGGUAGAUAAGAAACCAAAUUAUUUUGGUACACCUGUCCGAUUCUGAACAAUUCCGUGAAGUAGCGCUGCUUAAGUACUGAUUAACUAUUGCAAGUGACAAGAUUGUUUAAUCAGGUAUUUCAAUGUUAUUACCUAUCUAGUGACUAAUAUCGUGACUGAUUUGCGUUGGCGGCCCUUAUCACUACCUAAUUCGCAUAUAAAGGGGUUCCUCAUUCGUCAAGAAACCCUCAAUAGCACUUUAACCAGCAUGACGAACAAAGUGCUCGUGUUUCUACUCUGCGGAAUUGUGUUUAUCAGUGCCGGGAAUCCGAGUGAUGAGGAUGUAUUGCCGGAGUUUCGGAAAGUCAGGAAUCUUAGGUCCUUGGGCAUCGAGUUUGCCGAAUACUUUCGGAACAUCUCACUGGAAGAUUUAGGCGUCUCCCAGUUGGUUGGUGUGGAGGAUCUGUUGUGUCUCAACGAUAUGGCGAGGCUAAUGGCAGGACUGCGAAGUGCUGAGUACUGGGCGUUGAAAAUGAUCGAUGCCUGGGGCUCCAUUCCAUCGGGUCUUCUCACCGGCCAUUCGUACGACCUGGGCAACUUCGACGAGUGUCUGAACAUCAGGAAGGAGGUCGGCCAGGGUAGAAGUAUCCAAGGAAAGUACUGCUUUCUCUCGGUAUCCCCUGCCAAAAUAAUGGGGAUCGAAACAUCGCUCGGUAGCUUCAAGACCGCCACUUGCUUUCCUGCAUCCUGCUCGGCGGCCCACAUGAACACUUUUGUGGGUCAACUGAUGGGGAAGUUACUCAAUGUGAGUGAUCCCAGCUCAGGCAUGAGCAUCAGUGAAGGCAGCUGCCAGGCGAGUGAAAGUGGGUCCUGGGAUGGACUCACCAUUUUCAUGAUAGUUAUGUUUUCGGUGAUGAGUUGCAUUGUGGCACUCUUCACCCUGUGGGACUACUUCCUAGUCAAAGAUCAGAAUCGGCUUCCCAGCAUUGUGAAGAUCUUCUCGGCUCGGGCCAAUUCGCGGGCCCUGUUUCGCGUGGUGGAAAGCCAUUCGAAUCCGAAUGUAAUCGACUGCCUUCAUGGAAUCCGAUGCCUGUCGCUCAUUUGGGUGAUUACUUGCCAUCAGUACUCCGCUUCUCUUAUUUCGCCACACAUCAAUUUGUUCAGUGCCGCAACGUGGGUGGAAAGUCCUUUUGCCAGUUUUAUUCUGCAUGGCUUCAUAGCCGUGGACUCGUUUUUAGUGAUUGGCGGCUUGCUGGUGGCUCUGAUUCCAUUGCGAUUGAUGGACAAGACCAAGGGCAAACUUAAUGUGCCAAUGAUGUAUUUGCACCGCCUCAUCCGCAUCGCUCCGCUCCUGGCGAUGGCCAUAGUUGUCCACAUGAAGCUGAUGCCUCUGAUAUCCGAUGGGCCACUCUUUGUGGGUGGGUAUCUCGGGAACGCGGCUUGCAGGUCUGGUUGGUAUUGGACUUUGCUCUUCGUGAACAACUACACAGAUGCCAAGUGCCUGGGUCAAUCGUGGUAUCUGUCGAUGGACAUGCAGCUGUACAUCAUCUCGCCGAUCUUCCUGAUUUCCCUCUACAAAUGGGGCAAGAAAGCAGCUGCUGGCAUUUUCAUUCUCAUACUAUCACUUGCCGCCUGUCUCUUUGCCACCAUGAUGGUCAACGGCUACUCCAUGAUGGUCACAAAUGCCACUCCAGGAGCAACGGAAGCUGCAUACUAUGCAACCCAUACGCACGCUACACCUUGGCUUAUAGGAUUCCUCUUCGGAUACUUCCUGCAUCUGAGCAAGGGGAAGAAGUUCCAGCUCAGCUGGGUGUCCGUGUGGUCGGGAUGGAUCCUCUGCCUGGCCAUGAUCUUCACAUCGCUCUUUGCCAUGUAUCCACCGUCCAAGUGGUCUGAUCCCUCAGCGUCCACCUUGGCGGAGACUUCUUACUAUACUUUCACGAGAUUGGGCUGGGCGAUGGCCCUUUGCUGGGUGAUCUUCGCCUGCGUUCAGGGACACGGAGGACUGGCCAAUAGUUUCCUCUCCUCUCCGCUAUGGCAACCGCUCUCCAGGCUGUCGUAUUCCGUUUUUAUAUGGCACAUGUUCUUUAUGGAGAUGAACGCCCGGAGUACCAGGACGAGCACUUACUUCUCGGAUUACCAAAUGAUGCUUAACAUCUGGUCGACCUUUGGAUUCACCGUGCUGUUUUCCUAUGCAAUGCAUCUGCUCAUCGAGGCGCCAUUCGGAGGACUUGACAUUUUCCUGCGGCCAAAGGCAAAAAGCCCUCCUAUCGAAAAACAGACAUCUCCUAGAGAUGAUAAGGAACCUAGCGCCCCAGAAGAACCAGUGGAACCUCCGACCUCUACUGUAGAUAAGUUAAAUAAUAGUGUCUGAAUCGAAGAACUUAGGUAGUUUGUGAAUUAAAAUAAUUAUUAAGGAAAGUAUUUAUAACCGUCACUGCUCACAGAUAACACGUUUCAUUGGAAAGCACCCAAAAAGACUUAAAAUCACAAGUGCCUAUUAAAUUCGGUAUAAUCUUC